AUGAUAACACCAACGAAUGUUGUGCUCAAGUACAUGGCUAUUGCUGACUUGUGCGUCGGGCUGGUGCCUUUACCGUGGACGUUCUUUUAUCAUACACUACGUUUCAAUAUGCACGAAGAUCAACUUAAAUUAUGGUGGUGUUACAUGUACAAGUACAGUAUGGAUGCUGUGCCACCUGUGUGUCAUAAUAUUGCAAUGUGGCUUACGGUAUUACUUGCUGGUCAAAGCACUUCAACAUUUUUCAGGUACAUAUCGGUUGAAUAUCCACUGAAAUCACGUACCGUAUGUAGUGUGCAUAACGUACGGCUUGCAACGCUCAUCAUAACGGUUAUUUCACUACUUUGCGGUUUGCCAAAAUCAUUGGAUUACUAUUAUGAUGUUUAUGAGGGAUGGGCAUAUCUUCCUCAAGGCGAAAUCAAAUAUAUGAGGAGUUGUCUGUCAGGAUUUACCGCGUUGGUUCAAAUGCUUGGACCGAACACUUUUUUUAAUUUCUAUUUUUGGACUCGUGUACUCGCCUUCAUCUUACUUCCAUCCUUGCUUUUAAUCAUACUCAACUUUCUCCUAAUACGAGGUAUUCGACGUGCACAAAAACGAAAACAAAAAUUACUCAGGGAGAAGCGUGCCGGUGAAGCACAACGACAGAACGAUAGCAAUUCAACUAGCUUGAUGCUGGUCGUGAUCGUGAGUAUAUUUUUGAUUGUCAACUUGCCUCAGGCGAUCUUCAUGGGACUCCUCUGUGUUUGCACCACAUUCGGGAUACCAUUAAAAUUGCUCGAAGGAAUCUUCCCAGCUGCUUUCCUACUUGCCAACAACAUGCUCGUUAUGGCCACAUAUCCGAUAAAUUUUGGAAUAUAUUGUUUUAUGUCAAGCAGUUUUCGUCAUACUUUCAAAGCGCUCUUUUGCAGGUCGUUCGGCAAAUUUCCGUCAAAUCUUUAUUCAACGGCCGUUUUUUCAAGACUGUCGAUUCGACAUCAUUCGCCAGAUGGUGGCGGUAAUAAGGUGCUCGGUAAGGAACAACAAUACGUCUGCGAAGCAACAUCUACAAUUAAUGCAACUUCGAAUGUUAACGAACUAAAAGACACAAUAUUUCUGUGA